UCCAAUCCACUUCGCGACUGCAGCGCAUUGGCUGGGAAUCCUCGGAAGCGACUUCCUCGAGCUCCGAAGCGAAGCUUCUCUAUUCCUCACAACUAGCACUGCUUCUCCUUCUCCCUUCUUCUUCUUCGAGUUUAGGUCAGUGGAGCUACUUCAGUCCUUGGAACUGAUGGCUGAUUGCUUGUGUUUCAAGGGAAGUGGUCUGAAAUGCCAGGCUAGUCUUUUAACAGCACAAAACCAUAUUUCAGCUACUCAUACUAAGCAUUUUCUGUCCUUCAGCCACAAACAAGCAGUUCUACUAUCUCCUGCUGUGUCUUUGCAUAAAAGACAGCUGGGAUAUUUGUCAGGAUGUGGUGGUCAUAGCAAUAAUGGUCAGAGACGUUAUAUUAACAAGCGUAGAGAUUCUCGAUUGAGUGGAUUUCGGAUAAAUUCCGAACUAAGUAUUUCCAGUGCAGUUGAUGUAAUCAAUGAUUUAGGAUUUGAUACUCUUACAUUCUUGGGUGUGACUGUCGUAAUUGUACCUGCUUUCAGGAUCAUCAAAGCCAGCCCGAUUCUUGGCUUCUGCUGUGCUGGAAUUGCUCUCAACCAAUUUGGCCUUAUCAGAAAUCUCACAGAUGUUAAAGUUCUUUCAGAGUGGGGGAUCCUUUUCCUGCUGUUUGAGAUGGGUUUAGAGCUUUCACUGGCACGGUUAAGAGCUCUGGCAAAGUUUGCUUUUGGCUUGGGGUUGGUUCAGGUCAUCUUGUCUACCUUUGCCUUUACUGCAUUCGAACUUCCACCUAAUGCGGCAGUUGGUACUAAGAUUUUGGAGUACCUUUUUCACUCAAGGCCUGACUUGGUGAAUAUCAGAAGCAUUGAUGAAGCCGUAGUGAUUGGAGCUGCUCUAUCAUUAUCUUCCUCAGCUUUUGUUCUACAGAUUCUUGCAGAGAAAGGAGAAUUACCAACAAGAUUUGGUUCUGCAACACUAGGAAUUCUUUUAUUGCAAGAUAUUGCUGUCGUCCCUCUAUUAGUAAUACUUCCUGUGCUUGAAAGUCAGAACUUUGUAGAGGAAAGCAUUUGGCCCACACUAGCAGCAGAAAGCUUGAAAGCUUUAGGUGGUCUUGGUUUGCUUUCCCUAGGGGGAAAAUACUUACUCCGGCGUAUCUUUGAGGUCGUUGCAGAGUCAAGGAGUUCAGAAGCUUUUGUUGCUCUUUGCCUGCUUACAGUAGCCGGGACUUCACUUCUGACACAGAAAUUGGGAUUCAGUGACACGCUUGGAGCUUUUUUGGCUGGUGCAAUUCUUGCAGAAACAAACUUCCGGACACAAAUUGAAGCAGACAUAAGACCAUUUAGAGGCUUGUUGCUUGGAUUAUUUUUUGUGACAACAGGGACAUCCAUUGACAUGCAGCUUCUUUUCCGAGAGUGGCCAAAUGUACUUUCACUCUUGGCAGGUUUGAUUGCCAUCAAGACAUUGAUAAUAACCGCAAUUGGACCACGUUUUGGAUUAACUUUGCAAGAAAGUGUGCGGAUAGGAUUUCUCCUUUCUCAAGGAGGCGAAUUUGGAUUUGUUGUAUUUUCUUUAGCAAACAGGCUUGGGGUGCUGCCACUAGAGCUGAACAAACUACUUAUAAUUGUUGUUGUGUUGUCAAUGGCAUUAACACCUUUGCUCAAUGAAAUUGGAAGGAAAGCCGCUGAGCUUAUAGAUAAUAAGGUUUCGGUGAUUGAAAAUGCGCCUGAGACAAUUAACUAUGAUGCAACCGAACCAAUUAUCAUUCUAGGUUUUGGGAAAAUGGGCCAGGUUCUUGGUAAUUUUUUAUCAACUCCAGUGGCUUAUGGGGUGGAUGCUGAGACUAUAGGAUGGCCUUAUGUUGCAUUUGAUCUGAAUCCAGCGGUGGUGAAGAAAGCUCGGAAAAUGGGUUUCCCUGUACUCUAUGGAGAUGGAUCACGCCCAGCAGUUCUGCAGUCUGCCGGCAUUUCUUCUCCUAAAGCCGUCAUGGUAAUGUAUGCGGGAAAAAAAAGAACAGUAGAGGCUGUUCAAAGACUUCGGCUUGCUUUUCCUGGGAUUCCUAUAUAUGCGAGAGCUCAGGAUGUCCCUCACCUGCUAGAUCUUAAGAAAGCAGGUGCAACAGAUGCUAUUCUUGAAAAUGCUGAGACUAGCUUACAACUUGGUUCAAAGCUCUUAAGAGGACUAGGUGCCAUGUCUGAUGAUGUGACUUUCUGGAGUAAGCUGGUAAGAGAUUCCAUGGAGCUUCAAGCUCAGGAAGUGCUCAUUAGGAAUGAGGACCAAGACAUCGAUGUAAUGAAGCCAUUGCAGGUAAGAGCAGGUGAUUUAGUUCGAACUGAAGAUGCCAGGUCUACAACGUCAACAAAUGAACCGUCUUUAAGCUUAAAACGACCAAACAUUCAUCAGAUUAUGAUGACGUCAGACAAGAUGCAAUCUUCUGGAAUUGAAGUAGAUGGAAGACAGUCUGAAGAUGAUAUAACGGUAGACCAAGCUGAUACUUCAGAAAGUGAGGAUGGUGUCACAUUUUGCCGGUUGGAUAUAACCAACAAUUACUCGAGCAUAAUAAAUCAAGAUGCCGGAGGAAAUGAAAAAACUGUGUUCGAUACUUCAUUGCCAUAUUCAAGUACAAAUGAGGAUUCUUAGAUGACAUUCUUGGUCAUUUGAGCCUUCUAAAUUUAGCUAUCAGAUGAUAUGUCACCCAUUUAAAUGCAGCAUCCAAAGAUUCAGAAGUCUGUUGUAUUUUGUUGGACAGACUGACCAACUUAAACAUUUCAUUCCUUCUUCCUUUCAUUUCUACAGGAAAUUCAAAUCAUGUAAAUCCCUUUUGAGUUUUGAAAAAUGCACUUUGUGAGUGUUGUAUACAAAACAAUCAUGUUGUUUAACCUCCAUUGAUAAUUGUGAAAUGUUAAUAUUCUUUAGUUUAAAUC